GGGCAUGGAGAGCAGGCAGAGGAGGUGUCACGAGAGGAGGUGUCACGAGAGGAGGUACCACAGUAGGAGAUACCACGAGAGGAGAUGCCACGGGAGGAGAUACCACAGGAAGAGGUCCGGGGUACUCAGCGAGAGAGAGGGUUGGGCGAUGAGGGGAGACGUGCAGGGAAGGAAGUGAUAGAGGUUGGAGAGGACACGCCCCCACAGACGCCAACAGUGGGUUUGAGACUCGGGGAUGCACCAGGGAGCACCCGGCAGGCAAAGGAGGGGUUGCAGAGAGAGGAGACCCCUUUACCUUCGUCAGAAAAGGCUCCUUCGCCAGAAGGGAGGGCAAAAAGGAGGAGAGAGAGGACAGCUGUAAGGAGAGAAGCUUUGAUCCUGAUUGAUAGGCACCUAGCAGCUCAUGCCCUGGAGCACCCAGACCUGGAGGAGCCAGCACCUGCAGAGCCACGCCAGGAGUCAUGCCAGCCCGAGAAGGAGAUGAAAGCAGAAAUCCCAAAGAGGGUCGACCUCCGCACGAGGGAAAGGGUGCCAGCUGGAGAGACGGUUGAAGAAAAGAGGGCGAGACGUACCAGGCGGAUAGAUGAGAUAUGGCAGGAGAGGCAGAGGUUGGAGGCAGCGGGGGAGCUCCCGGAGCGGCAGCAGGAGAGCCAGAGAUCGGAGGCAGCAGGAGCACUCACGGGUCAGCCACCCAGCGCGCCAGCCAAGGCCCCGGAGAUUUCUGAGAUGUGGAGAGACUUCUGGGAGCAGAGAGGAGAGGAGCUUCCAUCGCCAGUCAGAACCGGGUUUGGGGUGGCCAAGAAGGCGGAAGAAAGGUUAGAUCGUAAAAUCAAGUUCCUGGCCAAGACCACUUUUGACCGGCACUUGUUAUUGGAGGGCGAUCUGGCGGGAAAGAAAAUGAAGGAAGCCAGCCAUGGAGUACGUCUGGAGGCUAUGGAGAUGGAAAUUCAGGAACUUAGGGCUUUGGUGGCCAGCCACGCAGCUAUCAUUGAGAGUCUGAGGCAGCAAACCCAGCGAAAGGUGGACAGACCAGAGAGCAGUCGGCAGGGAGAGCAGAGGCAGCCGGGACAGGGAUUGCCAGGACAGCCAUCUGCGACAGAGCCUCGCCAGAAGCCACCUAUGGGAAGGGUUAUCCUGGAGUCAGAGGAGGCGAGAGCACAGAGACAGGCGGAGAGAGAGGCGUUCGAGUUCAGAGCCCCUACCGAACUCGCGACACUGCCAGUAGCAGCGGCGGACCCAGUCGUACCUUUGGCAGUAGAGGAGGGGCUGCCACCAUCCAGCAGUGAGCCGGCUCAGGGAUCAGUAGAGGAAUCCAUGAGCGUGCUCCUUGAGGCGGUGCAUACUAUGCAGGAGGAGGUGAGUUUGUUUUCACCUGAGCAGAGGAUAAAGGAGACUCUUGAGAGAGAGAUGGGGAUUAGGGAGGAGGGUGCCAUCAAGGGCAGACUCCAGAGGAUAGGCACACCUGAGUAUGAACCAGAGGAGAUUGAGGAGCAGCCCACGGCAGUGCCAGAGGCGACACUCGAGAGGAGGCCUCAGAGGUUGGACACGCCCGAGUACGUCCCAGCGACAGAGGAUUUGAGAGGCAGACUAGGAUCUUGGGCUACUGGAUUUGGGUCUGGUGGACCGGUUCAUGGGACAGAGCAGCAGGAGGUCGCUAGUACCGCAGCUCCUCAAGCAGAGCAGCAGGGGGUUGUCAGACUAGGGACACCCAACGAGAAGCCGAAGGUUGUCUAGGACCGGGGAGAGGACGAUUGGGAAGGUCUUUGGAACUUAUGUUGUCAGCGUCCUAAUUUCUGGGUAGU